UCCCUCCAAUGCUGGAAAGUAUAUAUAUCAGACAAAAGACCGCAGAUGGCCUUUCAUUGGCUCCUUGCCUGUGAGUAAUCCGGCUCCGUCUCGGCUGCCUUGUAAAUCAGCAACAGCCUAAAGGGUUGAAUCUGAUGCUGCCUGACUUGACGCAUUCUCCUCACGGCACCAGUGUUUUUUUCUUGAGGGAGGACGUCGUCGGAUGCCCAGCCGCAUGGCGAGAGACGAGAAAGAAGAAACAACCUCACCAGAUAAAGACCGCUACGUGCAUUUCUACGAACGUCCCCUGGUUUUGCUUUGCCCGAGAUACUCAACACCGAGAAGGCGGAAGAGAGAAUCGAGAAAGCCAAAGGACUUGAACCGCGGGCGGAUCUCCUCUGUCUACUCAGAUCCAUGCACACUCUUCGGCGAGAAGAGCAAGUCCGUACACAAUGGCCGCUAACGCGACCGCCUCGAAAAUACGCACCGAGACCAACGGGCCGUACGUCACCGGGAUCGCCAUCGGCUUCGCCAUCGCCUCCGCCGCCAUCUUCUCCCUCCGGCUCUACACGCGGCUCUUUCUCCUGAAGACGGCCGGGAAAGAUGACUGGACCAUCUGCAUCUCGAUGGCCUGCGCCGUGGUCGUCACAGUGUCAACGUGCUUGGAGGUGAAAUAUGGCAUGGGAAGACAUGCCGAGAACGUGUCGGCGGCGGAGACGCAUGAACAACUCAAGCACCUCCUCAUCACCAUCCUCAACUACAACGUGGGCAUGAACGUCGCCAAGCUCUCGUUCCUGCUCCAGUACCGGCGCAUCUUCGUCGACCGGGUCGUGAGGCGCGUCUGCGCCUGGGCCAUGGUCUACGUCGCCGCCUGGGCGUGCGUCCAGGCGACGCUGCUCGGCCUCGGCUGCCUGCCCAUCUCCUUCAUCGUGCCCAGCACGGCGGGCUUCUGCCUCGACACGCUGCCCAUCUGGUACUUCUCGUCGUCCAUGAGCCUGGCGACCGACCUGGCCAUCUUCUGCAUCCCGCUGCGCUCCGUGCUGCAGCUCCAGCUCCCGAGGAAGCAAAAGGUCAUGCUGUUUGGCAUCUUCUGCCUGGGCUUCGGCGUCUGCAUCAUAUCCCUGUACCGCAUGUUCACCCUCCGCACCGCCGUCACCAGCGACGACCCGCCGUGGGAGAACAUCGGCGCGGCCAUCUGGUCCGUCAUCGAGCUCAACACGUCCAUCAUCGCCGCCUCGCUCCCGACCAUCCGGCCCCUCCUCGCCAAGUGGCUACCGCGCGCGGGGCUCUCGUCGGCGCGCAACGAAUCGGGCGACUACCACUCAGGCAUCUCCCACGUCGGCGUCGGCGGCAAGUUCAGAGAGUUGAGCAACGCGAGGCGCGGCGACGAGUUCGAUACCGACGCCGGCGCCGGGGCCAGCACUGAUGAGCUCGUGCUCAAGGACUUGGGAGGCCUCAUCAGCGGCACCGGCGGCGGUCUCGGGUAUCCCGUGGGCGGGCCGUCGGUGUCCACCCGCGCCGUGGCCCACCCAAUGCAGGGAAGCGGCCACGGCGGCGGUCAGGCCGCGGGCGUCGGCCGCCACAACAUCGUCGUCACGACGGAGACUAGUAUCAAGGAGAUCGGGCGAGAGGGGACCCACAGCUGGACAUAUUCCAAGUGA